GCGACGCGGCGAUCGACGCGCGAUGUACGCGCGCGCGAGACGCGCGCUCGCGUCGCGCGCGUCGGCGUGUUGGCCGCGCGACGCCGUCGCAUCGACGUCCUUCGCGCGCGCACAGUCAGCACAAUCAGCGCGCGCAAAGUCGUUAGGACGAGGACGGGCGUGCGCCGCGCGGAAUGUACCGACGUGGGCGACGUGCGACCCAGAGGCGAUGUCGCGGCGCACCGGCGGACCGGCGACGUGCGCGAAUCUCAUAAACGGCACCUGGCGCGCACCGUCAACGGGGGAGACGACUGAACGCGUGGUGGACCCGAUGGCGAAGGACGACGUCGUCGUCGUCGCGCCGAAGACGAACACCGAAGGCGAGAUUGCCGAAGUCGCGCGAUCGUUGGCGUCGUGCCCGAAGAGCGGGUUGCAUAAUCCAUUCAAGGCGCCUGAACGCUACCUGAAGUACGGUGAAGUCAGCGCGAAGUUGGCGGAGGAGAUGCGCAAACCGGCCGUGGAGGAAUUCUUCGCGCGACUCAUUCAACGCGUGGCGCCGAAAUCCCACGCUCAAGCUCUCGCUGAGGUCGUAGUGACGCGAAAGUUUUUGGAAAACUUCGCAGGCGACAACGUACGUUUUCUGGCGCGAGGAUUUUCCGUUUCCGGAGACCAUCUCGGCCAAACGUCGCACGGGUUGCGAUGGCCGUACGGACCGGUUUCCGUCAUCACGCCUUUCAACUUUCCCUUGGAGAUUCCCGUGUUGCAACUCAUGGGCGCGCUUUUCAUGGGGAACAAGGCGUUGGUAAAAUCUGAUACGAAAGUUUCCAUCGUGCUCGAGCAGUUCAUCAGGCUCAUGCUCGAAUGCGGGGCCCCGGCGACCGACCUGGAUUUCAUUAACUGCGAUGGCGCGACGAUGAACGAAAUUUUGCGCAGAGCGAAACCGAAGAUGACGCUCUUCACUGGGUCGCAAAAGGUUGCGCACCAUCUCACAAAAGAGCUCGACGGCAACGUCAAGCUCGAAGACGCUGGGUUCGAUUGGAAGAUUCUCGGCCCGGACGUCGGUGACGUUGAUUACGUGGCGCACGUUUGCGAUCAGGACGCGUACGCGUGCAGCGGUCAAAAGUGUUCGGCGCAAUCAAUUUUGUUCAUGCACGAGAACUGGGUCAAGGCUGGAAUUGAAGCGAAGAUCGCAUCACUCGCGGCGCAGCGCAAUCUGAGCGACUUGACGGUUGGCCCCGUGCUCACCGUGACCACGCAAACGAUGUUGGAUCACGCGAAGAAACUGGCUGAACUCCCCGGCGCUCGCGUCGCCUUCGGCGGAAGAGAGUUGAACGAGGGGGAGCAUAAUAUUCCCUCGCAAUACGGCGCCAUCGAGCCGACGGCUAUCUUUGUCCCGUUAAAAACAAUCAUGGCGAGCGAUGAAAACUUCAAGCUCGCGACGACGGAAAUUUUCGGCCCGCUGCAAGUGCUCACGUCUUACUGCGACGACGAAGUCUCGCUCGUGCUCGACGCGUGCGAGAAAAUGGACGCACAUCUGACCGCCGCGGUGGUGUCGAGCGACGAGUUGUUCGUCCAGCGCGUCCUUGGAUCAACUGUAAACGGUACCACGUACGCCGGUCGACGCGCGAGAACGACGGGCGCGCCUCAAAACCAUUGGUUCGGUCCCGCCGGCACGCCGCUCGCCGGUGGAAUCGGAACCAUCGAAGCGAUUCGGCUCGUCUGGUCGUGCCAUCGCGAGGUCAUUUACGACCGCGGUCCUGUGGAAGCCGGGUGGACCACCCCGCCACGCGCCUAGAUCGCCGUC